UUUUUAUCCUACGACACAUAGCUCAACCUUAACAAGGUGUCGUCAGGGAAUGGCUAACUUUAGUUAUGGUACAAGUAUGCAGGCGACGGACUACGGUCUGUUUGGCAAUGAGGAUAAUGUUUUACAGCGCUCGUCCGACGAAGACCUCGACGAUAUGGUGCAGCGCAAUAUCCAGGAUGUGCUGCAGCAGGCUGGCGUAGACCAGGAUGCCCCUUACGAAGCUCCCUGCGAUGCACCUUUGCAUGGAGGGCUGAGCCGCGAGGACAGCGGUCAAAACCUGUUACCGGGAAGCGACGUUCCAGACUACGCGCUACUUCAGGUCUCGCGUCACGAAAGCACAGGGUUAGGACCCUCCACCUCCGGCGCUGCUCCUCGCGCUGCUGUUGUCGCGGCUGCGGCAAAAAGUGUGCCGCAAGCAGGCCAGCGUCGCCCGGCAGGAGGGGAAGUCGCACAGCAGCAGCGAAAGCAGCAGCAGCAGCGGACAUUCAUAACAGGAACGGGAAGCACAUCAGGAUCUUUGUCACGCAGUCAGGAGUCCAGUGCAUGUCCAAGCAGCGCGACAGCCGGGCCCGCAACUCGACUGUCCGGAGAGGUGCAGCCGGGGGGGAACGCAGUGGUUCGCACGGCUGUCAACACCUCGGCGCUACUGGAUGUUCCUGGCCAGCCGGAAGCCUCUCUGCGAUUGCAUAAGGCCCGGAUCAAGGCGCUCGAGGAUGAUCUCAGCCGUACCAACAAGGUGCUGCUGGACCGUGAGAAGCAGCUGGCUGAGGCGCUACGUGAGCUGAAGGAGCUUCGCGGCCAGGCGGCCAGCUGGGCCCGUGACAAGAAGGCACUUGAAGGACAGCUUGAUAAAGCCAAGAAGCAGGCUGCGGAUGCGGAGUCGGCGUUGAAGAACACUGAGUCCCAGGUUCGUGACCUGUCCAAGGCGGAUAGCCGAGCGGAACGAGAGCGAAGAGCUUCGGAAGCGGAGGUACGCGCCCGCGAUGUGCGGCUGCAGCGCGCUCUUGAAGAAGUGGAGCGGUACAAGCAGCUCCUAAGCGAGGUCCGGGCACAGGAGCGUGAGACCAAGGGCUCGGCUCAGCAGGACACGGGUCGUCUACUGGCGGAGAACCGCAAGCUGGAGCGACAGAGGGCGGAGUUAAUUACAGCUUUCAAGAAGCAGCUCAAACUCAUUGAGGUCCUCAAGCGCCAGAAAGUUCACCUGGAGGCUGCUCGCGCCCUCCAGUUCAGUGAGGAGGAGUUCCUCAAGACACUGGAAAUGGGGGCGGCCUGAGCAAACCACGGGGCCGCAGUGCUUCUCAUUUACGGGCUUGCAAGCGCCCCGCGGCGGCGGCGGUGACCAACAGGGGCCUUUGAUACCAGUAUCGCAGCCCACACCUCCAAUCCACACCUCCUUCAAUACACAAGCAUGCACACUCACACACAUAUAAACACGUCGCGAUGUUCGUGGCCUACGAACUGAUCCCCAAAGCUGGCGAGUAGUAGUCCAACGGUAGCACUAGCAUAAGGAGAACGAGGCGGAGGAAAGAAGUGAUGUGCUGAGCAGGCAGUACUCGUGUCGUGGCUUUUGGAGGUUGUCCGGCAACUUACAACCAUGGCCAUCGUCCUCGGGUCGGGGAGUGGGAAGUGGGUGCGAAGGGCUGAGACCCUGCGGAGGGAGUAGCAAACCUGGUUUUUCUGGCCCCGUCCUAUUGAAGUUUUCACAGCGGUGAAGUCUGCCGUGGCCUGGCAGGUUUGUGUGUUGCGGCGCUUGUUACAACAGGUGGCUC